AUGUGCCUCUGUACUCUGCUCCUGAUGUCUCUAUUAGCCUGCAUGGUUUUGGGACACCCAUCCUCACCACCUGUGGUGAACACUGUGCAUGGCAAAGUCCUGGGGAAGUACGUCAGCCUAGAAGGCUUCCCACAGCCUGUGGCCAUUUUCCUGGGCGUCCCCUUUGCCAGGCCCCCUCUUGGAUCCCUGAGGUUUGCUCCACCACAGCCUGCAGAGCCAUGGAGCUUCGUGAAGAACGCCACCUUCUACCCGCCCAUGUGUUCCCAAGAUGCAGCAGAAGGACAGAUGAUCCAUGACCUCUUCACCAAUAGAAAGGAGAAAAUUCAUCUUGAGUUUUCUGAAGACUGUCUGUACCUGAAUAUUUAUACUCCCGCUGACUUGACGAAGAACAACAGGCUUCCGGUGAUGGUGUGGAUCCAUGGAGGUGGACUCGUGUUGGGUGGGGCAUCAACCUAUGAUGGAAUGGCUCUCUCUGCCUAUGAAAAUGUGGUGGUGGUGACCAUUCAAUACCGCCUGGGCAUUUGGGGAUUUUUCAGCACAGGGGAUGAACACAGUUUGGGGAACUGGGGUCACUUGGACCAGGUGGCUGCAUUGCGCUGGGUCCAGGACAACAUUGCCAACUUUGGAGGGAACCCAAGCUCUGUGACCGUCUUCGGAGAGUCAGCAGGAAGCGAAAGUGUCUCUGUUCUUGUGCUGUCUCCUUUGGCCAAGAAUCUCUUCCACAGGGCCAUUUCUGAGAGUGGCGUGACCCUGGCUUCUGUUUUUUUUAUGAAGGAUGCUGGGCCAGUGACUGAGCAAAUUGCUGCUACUUCUGGGUGCAAAGCCACCCCAUCUCCUGUCCUGGUUCACUGCCUACGCCAGAAGACAGAGGACCAGCUCUUGGAAGUCACAAAGAAAAUGAAUCUUUUAAAGCUUAUUUUGAAAGAAGGUACUCCAAAGAGCUACCCCUUUUUGCCGACUGUGAUUGAUGGAGUGGUACUGCCAAAGGCACCAGGAUAGAUUCUGGCUGAAAAGAAUUUCAACACUGUCCCCUACAUCGUGGGCAUCAACAAGCAAGAGUUUGGCUGGUUUCUGCCAACAAUGAUGGAAUUUCCACCCCCUGAAGUCAAGCUGGAUAAGAAAACGGUGAUGUUACUUCUGAAUGAGUCUUCUUAUGUUUUUGGUAUCUCUGAAGAUAUUAUUCCAGCUGCCACCGAGAGGUAUUUAGGAGGCGUAGAUGACCCUGUCAGAAAUAGAGACCGGUUCCUGGAGUUGAUCGGGGAUGUGUUGUUUGGUGUCCCAUCUGUGAUCACGUCCCGUGGCCACAGAGAUGCUGGAGCCCCAACCUAUAUGUAUGAGUUUCAGUAUCACCCAAGCUUCUCAUCAGAAUUGAAACCCAAGACUGUGAUGGGAGAUCAUGGAGAUGAGAUUUACUCCGUCUUUGGUGCCCCAAUUUUAAGAGAUGGUACCUCAGAAGAGGAGCUCAACCUCAGCAAGAUGGUGAUGAAAUUCUGGGCCAACUUUGCUCGGAACGGGAACCCCAAUGGGAAGGGGCUGCCUCAUUGGCCACAGUAUGACCAGAAGGAAGGGUACCUGCAGAUUGGUGCCACCACCCAGCCAGCCCAGAAGCUGAAAGACAAGGAGGUGGCUUUCUGGACUGAGCUCCAGGCCAAGAAGCCAUCCCAGAGAGAACAUACUGAGCUGUGAAUGGAAAUUUCCACAAGCUGUGGGAGACCAGAAGAGCCAAGACGAGGCUACCCCAUUGAAGGUGCUUGUUGGCCAGAGAUGGAUCUUUGAGGAGAUUGGAGAAUUCUCUUGUGGGGAUGGACAGAAGCCAAGGAAGGAAAAUGUUUGUACCUGUGAGCUCAAUUUGAAGAAUAAACAUUCAUCUUUAGAUUAAA